AGGGAAAACAACAACCUACAAAGGAAAAUCCCCGAUUAAACAUCGUUCAUCCGUAGCGAUAUAUAGUAUUAUUUGCUUAGUCGGAACGAAUUUGCUUGGGGCAGCAACCACAAGCAGCUGAAGUACUGGAACUUGCGCAUGUAAACAGAUGCAUAUUCGUCAUAUGUUGGGUCGUGAUAUGAGACCGGGCUGCACUUUCAUUCGACACCGAUCGUCUUCGUACUUUGUGAUCCGAAUUUCCACCAGAAGAAGAUAGACUGUCGGUCCGUUAACGUGUCUCCGCAGAACCAGAAAACGUCUUAGUGUUGUGUGAUCGUGUCGAUUAGUUAUCCUUAAAAAUGUCGAACGCAGAUUUACCCGCCGUGUUGAACAAACUGUUCAGCCACAUCGAUGCCAAUAAGAGCAAGUAUAUCGAUGCACUGAGGGAAGCGGUGGCGAUAAAGUCGGUGUCGGCCUGGCCAGAAUCACGGCCGGAAAUUUUUCGCAUGGUGGACUGGGUUGCGGAAAGAUUGCGGAAACUUGGGGCAACAGUUGAGCUGGCAGACGUCGGCAAACAGAAGCUGGCUGACGGCCGUGAACUCGACCUACCGAAGGUCAUCCUCGGCGUACUGGGAACAGACCCAGCGAAAAAGACCGUGUGCCUUUAUGGUCACUUGGAUGUACAACCUGCAAUAUUAGAGGACGGUUGGGCAACGGAACCCUUUGUGCUGACAGAAAAAGAUGGCAAACUAUUUGGACGUGGUUCCAGCGACGACAAGGGACCGGUUCUGGGAUGGCUGCACGCAAUCGAAGGUUACCAGGCAAUUGGGGAACCACUCCCGGUCAAUCUGAAAUUCGUGUUCGAAGGCAUGGAAGAGUCUGGUAGUGAGGGCCUUGAUGAGCUACUGUAUGCUCGUCAGAAAGAUUUCCUUUCCGACGUGGACUAUGUUUGCAUUUCCGACAACUACUGGCUUGGAACGGACAAACCUUGUAUUACGUACGGACUACGCGGUAUUUGCUACUUCGAAGUUGAAGUUGGUUGCGCUCAUAAGGAUCUUCAUAGCGGCGUAUUCGGCGGCACCGUGUACGAAGCGAUGAACGAUUUAGUGUAUCUACUCGGCACGUUGACGGACAGUGAAGGACGCAUUCUGAUUCCGAAAAUCUACCAGGAAGUGGCCCCUCUUCUUCCGAACGAGCAGGCCAUUUACGAUGCUAUUCACUUCGAUGUCGGCAGUUACCGGGCGGAACUUGGAGCGCGCAAGCUGAUGCAUAAGGAGGACAAGACGAAGAUUCUCAUGCACCGUUGGCGUCAACCAAGUCUUUCGAUUCACGGCGUAGAGGGUGCAUUUUAUGAACCUGGUCAGAAGACAGUCAUUCCAAAGAAGGUCAUUGGAAAGUUUUCGAUCCGAAUCGUGCCAAAUCAGACGCCCGACCUUACGGAGCGUUAUGUGCGAGAGUAUCUAACAGAGAAGUGGGCCCAACGCGGUUCACCGAAUCAUUUUGCGGUGCGUAUGGCUCAUGGUGGUAAACCGUGGACGGAAGAUCCAAAUCAUCCGCACUAUCAGGCGGCCCGAACAGCUACGAAGCACGUAUACAACGUUGACCCGGAUAUGACUCGAGAGGGAGGAUCGAUUCCUGUUACGCUAACGCUACAGCAAACGACGGGCAAGAAUGUGUUGCUGCUUCCCAUGGGUGCAUCGGACGAUGGAGCACAUUCGCAGAACGAAAAGAUCGAUGUGCGCAACUAUAUCGAAGGGACUAAACUGCUUGGUGCUUACUUGUACGAGGUAUCGCUUAUCGGUGGCGAAUGAUCAUAUCGCUGUUGAUCAUCCAACUGCAAAAGUAAACCUGGUUACACAUCACGACUCCUUCACUCCCCGUUCUAUCAUCACUUAUAUUGUGAUCGUUAUCCAGCAAUGGUCUGUCGUCGAGUGUGAAAUAAUAAUAAAAUAUUCAGCACGUUCGUUUAACUAAA